GGCCAAGGACCAUACACCAAAGUCAUCAAGAACAUUGAAGAUGACAUCCAAAAGGCAGUGAAGAAAGUGAAUGACCUCACUGGCAUCAAGGAGUCUGAUACUGGUCUGGCCCCACCAGCACUGUGGGAUUUGGCAGCCGAUAAACAAACCCUCCAGAAUGAGCAACCACUUCAGGUUGCAAGAUGCACAAAGAUCAUCAAUGCUGAUUCAGAGGAUCCCAAAUACAUAAUUAAUGUUAAGCAGUUUGCAAAGUUUGUGGUGGAUCUUGCUGAUUCUGUUGCACCUACAGAUAUUGAAGAAGGAAUGAGGGUGGGUGUGGAUCGUAAUAAGUAUCAGAUUCACAUUCCUCUGCCUCCCAAGAUUGAUCCCUCUGUGACUAUGAUGCAAGUUGAGGAGAAGCCAGAUGUCACUUACUCUGAUGUGGGAGGAUGUAAGGAGCAGAUCGAAAAGCUUCGGGAAGUAGUUGAGACUCCCCUCUUACAUCCUGAGAGAUUUGUUAACCUGGGUAUUGAGCCUCCAAAGGGUGUCUUGUUAUUUGGGCCCCCAGGAACUGGCAAGACUCUUUGUGCUCGUGCAGUGGCUAACCGAACUGAUGCCUGCUUUAUUCGUGUUAUCGGCUCAGAAUUAGUCCAGAAAUAUGUUGGAGAGGGAGCUCGAAUGGUGAGAGAGCUUUUUGAGAUGGCCCGCAGCAAGAAGGCUUGUCUCAUCUUCUUUGAUGAAAUUGACGCCAUUGGUGGAGCCCGGUUUGAUGAUGGUGCAGGAGGUGAUAAUGAAGUGCAGAGAACUAUGUUAGAGUUGAUUAACCAGUUGGAUGGAUUUGAUCCACGUGGAAAUAUCAAGGUUCUCAUGGCCACAAAUAGACCAGACACCUUGGACCCUGCUUUGAUGAGACCAGGCCGUUUGGAUAGGAAAGUUGAAUUCGGUCUCCCUGACUUAGAAGGUCGUGCUCACAUCUUCAAAAUCCAUGCCAAGAGUAUGUCCGUUGAAAGGGACAUUCGUUUUGAUCUUCUUGCUCGUCUUUGUCCUAACAGUACAGGUGCUGAGAUCCGAUCUGUCUGCACAGAAGCUGGUAUGUAUGCCAUUCGAGCACGUAGGAAGGUUGCUACAGAAAAGGAUUUCCUUGAUGCUGUAAACAAGGUCAUCAAGGCCUAUGCAAAAUUCUCGGCUACACCUCGAUACAUGACGUACAAUUAAUUCAUAUUUUACAAGUCUAUGGAUUUUUUUUUUUUUUUUUUUU